UUUCCCUUUACAACAGUAGCAUACAGUAUUUCUCUCUCUUCCUUCAGCUUCAUUUUUACAGAGGUACCAAUAUUUAUAUACAGAUACAUACACUCACAUAUAUACAUAUAGACAGAGAAAGAGGAAGAGAGAGAGAGAGGUAUAGCGGAUUGGCAAUGUGGAUGUCCAAGAAAGUUUUGUUGCUUUUCACUUUGGCGACGUUCGUGCUGUUCGCUCUUGCUGCUGCUGUUCAGAAGGAUGCAAUCCCUAAUUUGAGUUCUGUGGAGAGAGAUGAGUUCCCGAGCACAGCAAACUCAACAAUGGCGGAAAAAGUGGAAGAAAUUGACGAAGAGGCUCGGAAUGAACAUGCAGUGGAUGACCCUGAAGAGGUAGCAAGAAUGGUAGAAAUGGCCACGAGGAACAGCACGGAGGCGGCGAGGCGAAAACUCGGUUUCUUCUCAUGCGUGACGGGUAAUCCUAUCGAUGAUUGCUGGCGUUGCGACGCGAAUUGGCACCGGAACAGGAAGCACCUCGCCGACUGUGGGAUUGGAUUCGGGCGCAAUGCCAUCGGUGGCCGUGAUGGUCGUUUCUACGUGGUCACCGAUUCAGGCGACGACGAUCCAGUUAAUCCCCGGCCGGGUACUCUUCGCCACGCCGUUAUCCAAGAAGAGCCUCUCUGGAUCGUAUUCAACCGCGACAUGGUUAUUCGGCUGAAGCAGGAGCUGAUCAUGAACAGCUUCAAGACCAUCGACGGCCGGGGCGUCAAUGUCCACAUCGCCAACGGAGGAUGCAUAACGAUCCAGUUCGUGACGAAUGUCAUUAUCCACGGCCUUCACAUCCACGACUGCCGCCCGACGGGGAAUGCCAUGGUGAGGAGCUCGCCGACACAUUAUGGCUGGAGAACGAUGGCUGAUGGGGAUGCUAUAUCCAUCUUCGGGUCGAGCCACAUUUGGGUGGAUCAUAACUCGCUGUCCAACUGCGCCGACGGGCUCGUGGACGCUGUCAUGGGGUCGACUGCGAUCACCAUUUCGAACAACUACUUCACGCACCACAACGAGGUUAUUCUGUUGGGACAUAGCGACUCUUACCUUCGCGACAAACAAAUGCAGGCGACCAUCGCGUACAACCAUUUCGGCGAAGGCUUGAUUCAAAGAAUGCCGAGGUGCAGGCACGGAUAUUUCCACGUCGUGAACAAUGACUACACACACUGGGAAAUGUACGCGAUCGGAGGCAGUGCUGAGCCGACAAUCAACAGCCAAGGGAAUAGAUAUCUCGCGCCAGUCAAUCCUUUCGCAAAAGAGGUGACGAAGAGAGUGGACACCCCGGAAAAUCGAUGGAGUGGGUGGAACUGGAGAUCGGAAGGCGAUCUUAUGCUCAACGGGGCAUACUUCACCCCAUCGGGCGCCGGGGCUUCAUCCAGCUAUGCUAGAGCUUCGAGCUUAGGUGCCAAAUCUUCGUCCAUGGUUGCCUCCAUUACUUCUAGCGCCGGCGCCCUUGGCUGCCGUGUCGGCCGGAGCUGCUAACCUAAUGCAUCUACCUAGACAAAGUAAACGCAAAAGCUCUUUCUUACCUUUCCGUCUUUGGUUUUUCAAUAUAUAUAUAUAUAUCCCGAUUCAUUACUACGAAGAAACUAUAUAUAUUAUUGUUGAUGAAUAGUGUCAAACCCGAUUGUUUUUCUCUACAUCCAAAGUGUACAUUAUAUACACUCCGGCUCGAUUCGAAUAAAAUCGAGUCGAGGUUGUUCCGGAAACGUAAAACAAUCGGGUGGGUUGUUCACAUUUCUAGUUGAUUUUCUUCUACGUUGUUGCUCUGCCCAGCACAAGAAUUGUGUUGGCCUAUGUUUUUAUAUAGGAAAUGAAGUAUACUUCUACUGAAAA